AUUCUCUCUUUAAUUUCCCAUAUAAAUACCCUCUAUUCCUUAAUCCUUCCCCACACCAACUUUUUUUCCCAAUUCUCCAAGUAGUUCAAAGCUCGAUCGAGUGAUUGAAAACAACUAUGGCGAUCAAGAAAUCGAACAGAUUUCCUCAAACGGAAGCUAUCAAACAGAUUCUGAAAAGAUGCUCGAGUUUUGGGAAGAAACAAGGCUAUGAUGAUGUACCCAAAGGGCAUUUCGUUGUUUAUGUUGGAGAAAACAGAAGCAGAUACAUAGUUCCGAUAUCAUGGUUGACUCACCCCGAGUUCCAGAACUUGCUUCAAAGAGCUGAAGAAGAGUUCGGGUUUAACCACGACAUGGGGCUUACGAUUCCUUGUGAAGAAGUCAUUUUUCGAUCUCUAACAGCCAUGAUCAGAUGAAAGAAGAAUAAAGCUUUUGCUUCGUUGGUUGCAGUCAUAUAUUAUACCCUCAUGCAUGCACAUGAGUGGUUUUUCUGACCAAUUGACAUUUAGUUUUGCAGUUUAAACUGUAUAUUGUGCAUGUACUUGGCUUUUUCCCUAAUGUGGCACAUAUCCCAUUUCCACGUGCUCUUGAGAGUGUCUUUGAAAUUGUAAUGAAAACAUUUCAUGAGAAAAUCCAUGUUUUUUUUCUUUCA